CCCCGGCCUCCUGUCUCCGCGGGCCGGGUGGGAGAUGGCGAACGUGUCCAAGAAGGUGUCGUGGUCCGGCCGAGAAAGCGAGCAGGAGGGCCCGGGCGAGUCCACGCCGCUGCUCAACGGCACGGGCGGAGCCGCCGCGCCCCGGCAGCUCACGCCCUCCUCCUCCUCCUCGCGCCUGGGACGCCUGAGCAACGUGGAUCUGGACGACAACCAUGAACCUGAAAUGGAUGCUCCUGAGCCCCCCCGCCCCAACGAGAUCCCGCACACGGAGAAGCUCCUCUCUCUCAAGUAUGAGAGCUUGGACUACGACAACUGCGAGAACCAGCUGUUCCUGGAGGAGGAGAAACGCAUUCACCACACCGCCUUCCGGACGGUGGAGAUCCGGCGCUGGGUCAUCUGCGCCAUGAUUGGCAUCUUCACCGGCCUUGUGGCGUGCUUCAUUGACAUUGUGGUGGAAUACUUUGCCGGGCUGAAGUACAAAGUGGUGAAGGGGAAUAUUGACAGGUUCACGGAGAGUGGUGGCUUGUCCUUUUCUCUCCUGCUCUGGGCCACCCUGAACGCAGCUUUUGUCAUGGCCGGUUCCAUCAUCGUCGCUUUUAUCGAGCCUGUGGCGGCUGGCAGCGGGAUUCCUCAGAUCAAGUGUUACCUCAACGGGGUGAAGAUCCCUCACGUGGUUCGAUUGAAGACGCUGGUGGUGAAAGUCUGUGGCGUGAUUUUCUCUGUGGUCGGAGGCCUGGCCGUGGGGAAGGAAGGACCCAUGAUCCACUCCGGGGCCGUCAUUGCAGCUGGCAUUUCUCAAGGGCGAUCGACUUCUUUGAAGAGGGACUUCAAGAUCUUUGAAUACUUCCGGAGAGACACGGAGAAGCGGGAUUUUGUCUCUGCUGGCGCUGCUGCUGGGGUCUCGGCUGCCUUUGGGGCCCCCGUGGGUGGCGUCCUCUUCAGCUUGGAGGAAGGCGCGUCCUUCUGGAACCAGUUCCUGACGUGGAGGAUUUUCUUUGCCUCCAUGAUCUCCACCUUCACCCUGAACUCCAUUCUGAGUAUUUACAAGGGCAACCCGUGGGACCUCUCCAGCCCAGGCCUCAUCAACUUUGGCAGGUUUGAUUCCGAGAAAAUGGGCUACACGAUCCAAGAGAUUCCAAUCUUCAUAUUCAUCGGCGUGGUGGGUGGGAUCCUCGGAGCCAUGUUCAACGCCUUGAACUACUGGCUGACCAUGUUCCGAAUCAGGUACAUCCACCGCCCCUGCCUGCAGGUGAUCGAGGCCAUGCUAGUGGGGGCCGUGACGGCCGCUGUGGCCUUUGUCAUGAUCUACACCUCUGGAGACUGCCAGCCUCUACAGGGCAACAGCAUGGCCUACCCGCUCCAGCUCUUCUGUCCCGACGGGGAAUACAACUCCAUGGCUGCCGCCUUCUUCAACACUCCCGAGAAGAGCGUCGUCCGCCUCUUCCACGACCCUCCAGGCACCUAUGACCCCAUGACCUUGGGGAUGUUCACUUUGAUGUACUUCUUCCUGGCGUGCUGGACCUACGGGCUGACGGUGUCCGCGGGCGUCUUCAUCCCCUCUCUGCUGAUCGGCGCUGCCUGGGGCCGCCUCUUUGGCAUUUGCCUGUCCCACGUGACCAGGGGCUGGAUCUGGGCCGACCCGGGGAAAUACGCUCUGAUGGGAGCAGCAGCACAGCUGGGGGGGAUCGUGAGGAUGACUCUGAGCCUGACGGUGAUCAUGAUGGAGGCCACGGGCAACGUCACGUACGGUUUCCCCAUCAUGCUGGUGCUGAUGACGGCCAAGAUCGUGGGGGAUUAUUUCGUGGAGGGCCUGUAUGACAUGCACAUCCAGCUGCAGAGUGUCCCCUUCCUGCACUGGGAGGCCCCCGUCGCCUCGCACUCCUUCACGGCCAGAGAAGUGAUGAGCACCCCGGUCACCUGCCUGCGGACGAUUGAGAAAGUGGGGGUCGUGGUGGAUGUCCUCAGCGAUCCGUCUUCCAGCCACAACGGCUUCCCAGUGGUGGAGAGCAUCCCGGGGGGUGACCAGAUGGUGGGCCUGCGGGGCCUGAUCCUGCGCUCCCAGCUGAUUGUGCUCUUGAAGCACAAGGUCUUUGUGGAGCGGGCCAACCUGUCGCUGGUGCAACACCGCUUGAAGCUGAAGGACUUCCGGGACGCCUACCCCCGCUUCCCGCCCAUCCAGUCUAUCCACGUCUCCCAGGACGAGCGCGAGUGCAUGAUGGACCUGACCGAGUUCAUGAACCCCUCGCCAUACACCGUGCCACAGGAGGCCUCCCUCCCGAGGGUCUUCAAGUUGUUCCGGGCCCUGGGCUUGCGCCAUCUGGUGGUGGUGGACAAGCAUAACCAGGUGGUGGGGCUUGUCACCCGGAAGGAUCUGGCCCGUUACCGGCUGGGGAAGGAAGGCAUCGAGGAGGUGCCCUUGGCACAGACGUGACUUCGCCCCCGGGGGCUGCAGGCCUCGGUCUGCCUCAGGAACUGGCCAGCCUCCUGGCACCGGCGCCGCUGCCUUGGCGAGGCGAGGCUGAGAGGGAGGUGCCAACCCAAACUCCCGGCCGGUGGCGCUGCCUGCACAGCUGCCUGGCCUCUCUACCCCCUUGGCCACUCCUGAAAGGGUCUCCUCUCUCUCUCGCUCUCAACAGCCGGCUCUAGGCGCUCCGCUGGGGUCGGAUUCCUGGAAGGGCCUGUAGCGGUUUUGGCAGGGGCCUUCCGGAAGAUCCAGGUGGCCCCAUCUCUGUGGCAGACCUGAGCCGGGGGGGGGGGGCGGUGCAUGACUGGCUAGUCCCCUCCCCUUGGUUCUGCGCAGGCCCCAAUCCUCACCCAGCGUGCCUUCCAGGAUGCCUCGUCAGCCCUGGCCUGAUUGGCCCCAGCGUGUAGAAGCUGCCCCCAAACCCUUGCUGGCAUUUUCUGGGAUCCGUGGCAGCUUCCCUCCCCCGGUGGCUCACGUGGGUGGGCCUGAUCUGCAUGCGAAGGAUGAAAUGAAGCCAGCCAACCACCCUCCACGCUCCCCUUUCUCCAUCUCUUCACGCCGUCAGGCGCAUGGCUGAGCCGUUCUGAAUAGGGGGGGUUGUGCUUCCACAGAGAUCUCCCCCCCCCCGACUCCAAUUCCUCACACCACCUCCUCAUUUAGAAGCUCAUCGGAGGAAAGCUACUCCGAGCUGAGUUUUGGGGAGCUCCCUGCCUCCCUCCCCACUGAGGAGCUUAUGCCGGGUUUGCAUACACCUCCUCCUCCUCCUCCUCACACAAGCCCUGCUCCGCUGCCCCUGGGUGGAGAGUUUCCUGACUGGUCCAAAGACUCUGCACACGGCUCUCUCUGAUCCCUUCCUUCUUCACACUCUCACACCCCGCAAACAGGCAGCGUUUUUCUGCACAGCCGGCCUUUUUCACCUUGAACCUGGCAGCCCCCUUCUCAGGCACGGGCUGUGCCCGCCUCUUCCCUCCUCUGGUUCCCCAUCCAUCUCUGGGGUGUUUCCUGGAGGUCAAGCAGCUGCAAGGAAACCAUCCCGGUGCAGUUUGGCAAGGACCACCUGUUCAGCAAGAUGCCAGGACUCUGGGCAGGCUGCCCUCCCUCCGCGUCCCCUGGCCCUCCCGCCUGAGCCGGGGCCUUGCUCUCUUGCUGGGUGCUUCUGGGUGCUGUUGCCCUCGUAGGCGGGGAGGAACGCAUUGCAGCCCCCCUUGGGCAGCAGGGCUCCCUUGAGCCUGGCGCGUGGCGUGGGCAUGAGGUUGGUCAGCAACUGGCAGGCCACUGCCCCCUGGCCUCGCCUCCAGGGGCCUUGGUUUUAGGGUCCCCACACCUGAAGGGCACCUGCCGCCCCCUUUGCUCUUUUUGGUGAUGUGUGCAGCUGCACCUGGGAGAGAGUUCUUCUGUGCUGAAAUAAAA